UCACAAAUUUGUCAAUUUUGCCAGGUCCUAAACUCGUCGACGAGUUUACUUCGUUCUUUCUCGUUUGAGGAGUCCUCCUUGACAGCCGUGAUGCCGGCGGUGACAACGGGCCCUCCCCAGAGGAGUGAGCAGAUGUGGCAGGCGUUGAAGGCCCACAUCAUCAGGGAAAGGCAGAGGAAAAAACAAGAGCAAGAAGCUGAUGCUGAGGAAGAGAGGCAGAGGAAGGAGAGGGAAAGACAGCAGAAGCAGGAUGUUAUGACCCUGGGAGAGACCAGAGAGCAAAUUUCUGUGUUGGAGGCUGAACUAUCACAGCUGAAGGACGAGAAGCAUCAGCUGUUUUUGCAGCUGAAGAAAGUGCUGAAUGAGGAUGACAACAGGAGGAGACAGCUCACUAAAGAAGCUAGUGUUUGCUCGGAGGUGCUCACGAGUGUCAGCAAUUAUCCACCAGCUGGAACGAAUGUCAUGCAUCCUCAGUUGUUUCUUCCAUUACCUACCAGGAGUCCAUUGUACAAAGUCGCUACUGCAACACCUACGCACACUCUUCUACCGAGUGUUAAUGGACCGGUGAAGAGAGUCCACAGCCCUUCUCCACCGCCCACAGCAUCGCCUUAUCAUACAGUGUAUGGAUACAAGGCUCCUCCAACAAUGCCAAGUUACAAUCCACCUCCAGCAAAAUCAGAUGAGGCUGCCAGGAGAACUGGCGACUCUCGCGCCGUCCUCUGGAAUAAAAAUAAUCAAUAUCCACCCUCGACUUUUUAUUCAACACCAGGUGGAAUGGGCCCGGACAGAGUGUACAACUACUCUUCAGCACCUACAUCGCAACCAGGACGAGAAACCGAUCCAGGAAAGACAGUUUAUUUAUCGGGAAAUAGAGCAGCAUUAUCUAAUCAUCAAGCUGCUUACGUCACCAGUCUUCAUUCGUUGGACCACAAGGCUCCCUACACUGAGGAUAAAUUCUACCUUCGUCCAGGAAGUCACGUGACUGUUCAUGGAGGUGCAAUCCCUAUUCAACAGCCCCCUCAAGGUGCAAAAACUGGAAGUAUAACGUCAGGAUAUCCAGUUAAGGCUCCCCAGCCGCCUCCGGGGCCUUAUCCACCUCCUCCACCUGGUACUUACGUCGGUGCCCAACUUGGGCCCAUUCCUGCACGGCUGUUGUACUCGCAGUCUGGUCCCAGGUAUAUGCAACGAGAAUCCUGAAUAAUUCUCCGGAAUUUUAAGUUGUGGACACCUGACGGGGCCACCCAACCCUUUUGCAUUAUUUUUUGCUAAUGAACCGAUAUCUUGAAAAUUUUUAUUGAAGAUGAUCCACGUAGGCCAAAAUUUGAUAAAUUAUAAUGAAUGUAUCGAUAAUUAGUAUUCAAUUGAUUGAUUUGUCUGUACAUGAUCAAUAUUUUUAGUACACAUCUUUUUCAAUCAUCUGUAUAUUUUGUAGAUAUCAUUCAUUAUCAGAAAAUCAUUGAAGGUAUUCAAUAAAUUAGCAUUAUCAAAAGGGAAAUAA